UGGGGAUCCUGGCCUUGGCAGCCAUCCGUAAGAAGCUGGUGGUGGUGGGGGACGGUGCGUGUGGUAAGACUUGCCUCCUCAUCGUUUUCAGCAAGGAUGAGUUCCCCGAGGUGUACGUGCCCACCGUCUUCGAGAACUACGUGGCGGACAUCGAGGUGGAUGGCAAGCAGGUGGAGCUGGCACUGUGGGACACGGCUGGACAGGAGGACUAUGAUCGACUGCGCCCACUUUCCUACCCGGACACCGAUGUGAUCCUCAUGUGUUUCUCUGUGGACAGCCCGGACUCGCUGGAGAACAUCCCGGAGAAGUGGGUGCCCGUCAAGCACUUCUGUCCCAACGUGCCCAUCAUCCUGGUGGCCAACAAGAAGGACCUGCGCAACGACGAGCACGUGCGGAACGAGCUGGCCCGCAUGAAGCAGGAGCCGGUGCGCACCGAGGACGGCCGCGCCAUGGCCAUUCGCAUCCAGGCCUACGACUACCUGGAGUGCUCGGCCAAGACCAAGGAGGGUGUCCGGGAGGUGUUCGAGACAGCCACGCGAGCAGCCUUGCAGAAGCGCUAUGGCACCCAGAACGGCUGCAUCAACUGCUGCAAAGUCCUAUAGGGCGUGUCUGGAGCAUGGCGCUGGGCACAGUGCCUGGGUCACCUGUUGGCAGGUGGAGAGGAGCUGGGUUAUGCACACACACGGCAUCUGCCUGUCCCCUCCGCUGGGGGCUGGCCGCGAAUCGGGGUGGGGGCUAAGGGAGGGAGCGCGCUCCCUGAGCCUUGGCUGAAAAGGGUUGUGCUGGCUCAGCUGUGGGGACAGAGGGGGGGGGGGAUUGCAUGCCCUGAGUCUUGGGAAUAAAGUGGGGAGAAGCCGCCUCCUACCACUGGCCCCUGCGAGUUAGUGGCAGACUCAACAACGAAAAGCUGCUGAGACUGGACUGAGCAAAAACAUUGCACCCGGCUCUUCCCCUUUGCCACCACCUGCCGCUCCCAGACAGCCUCCUCUCU